AACGGAGGAGUCAUCAAGAUCGUGGAUGCGUCUUAUGGAAGGCAUGACGGACAGACAUGUCCCCAUCCGAGUAUCCAAACCACCAACUGCCAUGCCGGGAGUUCUCUUGCUGUUGUGCAGAGCAGUUGUGAUAACCAGGCCAGCUGUGAGCUAGAUUCAAGCAACUCUGUGUUCGGGGAUCCAUGUGUUGGAACAUUCAAAUAUCUACAGGUCCAAUACCAGUGCAUUCGUGUUCCAGCCGUUACCAUUUGUGAAGGCAACAAAGCCGCCAUAAGCUGCAACGAUGGAAGGAAAAUCAGCGUGCUGGAAGCUUCAUACGGCAGACAUGACGGUCAAACAUGUCCCCAUCCAAGUAUUCUCACCACCAACUGUAAUGCUGGAAAUUCCCUUGGUAUUGUGCAGGGCAAUUGCAACGACCAAGCUAGCUGCGAGCUGGAUUCCAGCAAUUCAGUGUUUGGUGAUCCAUGUUUCGGAACAUACAAAUAUCUUGAAGUCAAAUAUCGGUGCAUUCGCUAG